UGAUUGAAUUGGUUUUACUCCUGUGACUUGAAGACAUGAUCCUUGCAAUAAAACUGUUGCUCCUCACCUGUAUAUGGCCUACUUCUCUUUUAAUCAGUCACAGUGAUCAUCAUCAUCAUUACCACCACCACCAUCCUCAAAGGUCAUUCAUGAAAAGACAUAACAGCAAACGAGAAAUUAAGACGAGGAAAAUCGACAGCACCAAAGUACGGCCCAUGAAAUCUGAGCAGCUUCUCCGUAUAGAGGACCAUGAUUUUGCAAUGAGACCUGGCUUUGGAGGGUCACCCAUACCAGUGGGCAUUGAUGUGCAAGUGGAGAGUAUUGACAGCAUUUCAGAAGUUGACAUGGACUUCACAAUGACUUUAUACCUCAGACAUUACUGGAAAGAUGAGAGGCUGUCAUUUCCCAGUACCAGAAACAGAAGCAUGACUUUUGAUGGGAGACUAAUAAAAAAGAUCUGGGUACCCGAUAUAUUUUUUGUCCACUCCAAAAGAUCUUUCAUCCAUGACACAACUAUGGAGAAUGUUAUGUUACGUGUCUACCCAGAUGGAAAUGUGCUCUUUAGCUUACGAAUAACAGUUUCUGCCAUGUGCUUCAUGGACUUCAGUAGGUUCCCACUUGACACUCAGAACUGCUCUCUAGAACUGGAAAGCUAUGCCUACAAUGAAGAAGACUUGAUGCUGUAUUGGAAGCACGGCAAUGAAUCUCUUAGCACAGAUGAGCACAUUUCCCUUUCCCAGUUCUUCAUUGAAGAAUUCAGUGCUUCUAGUGGGCUAGCAUUCUAUAGCAGUACAGGUUGGUACAACAGACUCUUCAUAAACUUUGCCCUGAGGAGACAUAUUUUCUUUUUUGUACUACAAUCCUAUUUCCCAUCUAUGCUGAUGGUGAUGCUUUCAUGGGUCUCAUUUUGGAUCGACCGAAGAGCUGUUCCUGCAAGGGUAUCACUAGGUAUAACUACUGUGCUGACAAUGUCAACCAUAAUCACAGGAGUAAGUGCCUCAAUGCCUCAGGUGUCUUAUAUCAAAGCUGUGGAUGUAUACUUAUGGAUCAGCUUUCUCUUUGUCUUCCUGUCUGUCAUUGAAUAUGCAGCUGUAAAUUAUCUCACAACAGUGGAAGAAAGAAAACAGCUAAAAAGGAGAGGAAAGGCUGCUGGAUUGUAUAAUAUUGAUGCAGUGCAAGCAAUGGCCUUUGAUGGCUGCUAUCACGACACAGACACCACCGACAUUGACCUGACCACCUUUUCAGUCCCUUCCGAAGAAAGUUCAACACGAGGGCAAGCACCCAGCACCCCCACUCUAGAUGCAGCUCGCAUCAAGAGGAAGAGAUCAUUGAAAGGGAAUGUGGGCAGGAUUAUUUUGCAGAACAAUCAUGCCAUCGACACAUACUCCAGGGUUAUAUUUCCUACUGUAUAUAUUGUAUUCAACUUUUUUUACUGGGGUUUGUAUAUAUGAAUGAUUAUAACUGAUAUAUUUUUCAUAUGAGCACACCAGAAAUGCAUAGUAAAAUACACAUGCCAUGAUCUGUGUAAGAAGAUAUGCUUUAGAGUUUGAACAAGAGAGUCUGGUACCCAAAUAACAGGUUUUUCUCCCUGCUUGCAAAAUCUAUUAUCUGAAAUGGAAGUCCCAAUGGCUCUGAGUUUGUUAUGCACUCUGGGUUAUUAUUCCUAAAUGAUGAAAAGUGGUUUUAACCUAGUUUGUAUGACAGCAGUGUAAAAUACCUAUUUCUGCUAUGUGAUGCACAGGAUUUGUAGCUAUGCAGCUUCCCACAAUGCAGCCAUCUAGCUUACAGAACUAUUUUAAAGCUGCCAAGAGGGGAUAGAUCUACAUCAUACAACACCUAAAUCUUCCCUCCUCUUCUGACAUGGCCCACCACUCCCACCUAUCAUCCAGACUAGUGUUAUACACUCAGUGCUAGGAUCUUUCUCCAAAU